UUGUUUUCUAUUACUUACUGCGCUGAACGUUUAACAAUCUCAUCUUUGUGAAGUAUUCAGUUGACGAUCAAAUGCGCACCAUGAAGGAAGAGCAGAAAAUUCUUGAAGUUUCUGCAGAGAAACUCAGAGCUUUGGAAGAAGGAUUGCAACAGAAGAUGUCAGAAUCGAAAAAGAAGUUUGAACAUAAAACCGGCUUAUGCAUACGAUGGAUACAAUCUCUCCAUCUAAUACUUCUCUUGGAGUUGAUGUUAUUUUUAGCAGGAAGUUGUUAUAUAAUCUUCCAAAAAUAUCCUUCUCAAGUACCGGAAGAGAAGGAUACAGCUAUUGAUCUCGAAAAAUACAUUUCAAUUCUGGAUUCAAUGUCAGAAGCACAGAAAUCACAUCCAACUACAGAAAUGCCUAAGAAAUUAGUCAAGUCUGGUAUUAUCGUAGAUCAACUUAAUAAUCUUUUAGAAGACAUGGGACUGAUCAAAGAGCAAGAAUCAAUGCAAGACAAAAUAAGUGCAACAGAUAUAGACAGCACGAUGCAUGCUAAAAGUAUGCCAAAUUCUGUUGGCGUAGAAAAUGACAACACGAUGCGAGCAAGUGAUUUUAACAACUGGCCUCGAAUAAGAUUAUCUUUAGGAGAUUUUAAGUUAAACAAGGAAUUUAUAAAGAAUUCAGUGCCAUUGCAAUUUUCUUCAACCAAGUACGUCGAUGAUACUAUUGACAAGAACGCAAAAAUUGCCCAAUUUUUGGAGAGACUGCGAGAUGUAGCUGAGAUAGAAUCUAAAAUCGAAGUUGACUUGAAAGAUUUCGAAAGCAAGAAUGAUUUUACUCACAAUACUAAUCGUUUGACGUCAAAUAGCGAGGAAAAUCAUGGAUCAGAUGCGUCUAAUAAACUUAAAAAUUCAAAUCCUGAAGAUUCGAUGGAUCGUAGAAUCAGUGCAGAUCUAAUAAAUAAUUUGCAAAAUUGGAAACAGAAAUUAUCUGACUUAUUUGCCGAUUUUUUUGAAGACACGACGUUAGAUGAUCGUAGUGAAAAGAGUUCUUUUAGCGACGAGAUUAAUAAACAAGCAAUCAACGAUUUAGAAUCAGGAUAUGUCAUAUGCCCGCCCGAUGAGCCCGAUGAGUCACAAGAGAGCUCAGCCAAAGGUUUUUCAAUUUUUCAAUCUGUAUCGGCACAAGAAAUUUCAGAGCAGACGGAAAAUAAAUCAAACGAAAAUAUUAGUGCAAGUAACGAAGAUAAGCCGAAUGUUGAUGAUAGUAAUGUGUCUAUGUCAGCAUCAUCUGACACAUCUAUGUUCAAAAGAGGUGGUCCAUUUUUUUUAUUCAGUGUAUUGAUAAGUAGCAUGGAAAAUUCAGAAAGUUCACAUUUGCCAGAGAUUGCAGCAAACAUAAAAGCAGAUGAGAAACGUGAUUCAACGGAAAAUAUUAAGGAUUCCUCCGAGAUUUGGCAAGAUAGCGCAAAACACUCAACGUCAAAUAAUGAUAAAUUCCAAUGGUUUAAUGCGCCCGCCCGUUUUACAGAUGAUUUACAACCUGGACCGAUAGAUAUACCAAAAUUGAGCGACGCUAAUAUUUAUCCAUUUCUGAGUGAAAAGCCAGAGUAUUUCGAAGAUUUAAUUCCCGGAAGUCAGUGCCAAGUGCAAAUUGUCAGAGAUAUUUUUGUGGUGAGGUGUCCCGCUGUUAAUUUCGACGAAAAAUGGAAUCUCACUUCCGUUGAAACACACACAUCCGAUUUUCCAGAUGUAAAUAGUUCUGAAGACUUUUUUUAUGAUUUUUACGACGAUGCAAGCGAUCAAUUGGAAGAGCAAUUAACUUUGCAGCAUAAUGUACCUGAGAAAAUGGACACAGUGGAAUUACAAAAAGACACACCAAGUGUAAAAAUUUUAAACGUAUCACCUGAAAGAGUUAGAUUAGAUUUUGCAGGUGAUCCGAUUCAAGAUGAUACUGCUCACAUUUUGAAUGAAGAAGAAAUAAGACAAGUUACAACGACGGUAUCUCCUUCUAGUUAUAAAUUUAAUUCUGAUUACGUCAAUUCUUAUGACAAAUUCAUAUCAUGGUUUAAGACUUUAAAUUCUAAACAGCAAGAAGCAUUAAAACCUCAAGUACAUGAUAUUCUAGAUUACGAACAUCUUGAAACUUCUGCGGAAAUUAGUGAUCUUACUGCAAGCGCCAUGAACAGCAGUAAUGACAGAAGAAAACGUAUGGCUGUAACUGAAUUGCAAAAUAAAUUAGUCUCAAUAUUUAAUAAUGAAACAAAGUCGCUCAUCGAUUAUGUGAACUCGACCAAGUCACUUUCAUCUGGAAACGAUUAUAUAGAUACCAUUCACAACAAAUCUUCUAACUGGACCUUUCUAUCUCUUGAUUCUUGGCGUCAACAGUCUGACGUUGCAAAAAAAGUCGUGGAAGACAUACGUCACGAUUUUUUCUCGAAAAUAAUUGAUAAUUUAUCAGAUAGCAGUAAUGGCAGAAAAAAACGUAUGGCUGUAACUGAAUGGCAAUCAGUGGAAAAUACAAUAGAAGAAAAUAACGAAAAUGUGGAGGUAUUGCAAAACUUGAAAAAGAUUUUCCAGAGAAUGGAGAUUCUUGCUGCUUAUAUCGACAGACUUCAUGAACGAUAUCUUCUUCAUAAUAAACUUGAUGAUGAUUAUGUGUCCAGCGAAUUUCCGACGGAAAUUAAAAAACGCCGAAAAUAAUAUUCACGCAUAUAAAAAGUAAAUGAAAAUUUAUACAAAUAUCUUUCGUUUUUGGAUGUUUUCUUUGUCUUCUUUGAUACGUUAUGUAAUUUGUAAAAAUAUAAUAAAAUUAAUUAUAUUUAUAACCGUUACAUUAUUCAGGUGUCCUGUGGGAAGUUGUUAAAACAGAGGACAUUUUAUUUACGUAUAAACUAAAGACAAUAUUUUUAUCAUUAAAUAAACGUUUAUUAAAAAAUGCCAAAUAUCGCUAAUUUUAAUGGUGUAUAUUUUCGAAGUGCGCAUCGUCAGAAUUAUAACGAAAAUUAAGUCGAUUUCGGAAACUAUAAAUGUAACUGUAACUUUUGUUGCAUAAAAAAACUAUUAAAAUUAGCAAAAUUUAGCAUUUUUUUAUAAACGUCUCUUUAAUGAAAAAAUAUUUCCGACUGAUUUUUAACUUAUAUGUAAAUAAUUUGCAAAUGCAAAAUGUUUUCUGUUAGAAGAUAUUUUAUUUUUUUUUGCUUUCUAUGUGCGUUUAAAAAUGACAGCUAAUUAGUUUUAGCAACUUCCCAUGGGACAUCCAGUAGUAAUUGCGCUAUUAUAUGUAAAACAAAUGUGAAAGUGUGUAAUAUAAAUAUGUCCGUGUUUGCAUAAAGUGCUUUUCUUAAAUUAUUUUUAGCGCAGUGCGUUAUUGUAUUUAAUAUAUCACAUUUUUAUGAAAUUUGAUCAUAAAACCUGUGAGUAUUCGACGAAAGCAUGCUAUGGAAUAAUUAGUGCGUUGCUAAUAUACCUGCGCAUAGACCUUGAACUUAUUCAUGCUAAUUUGUUGAUUUAUACAUAGUUGCGUUAAUCCGAUAAAAUUUCCAUGCGUUGGUUAAAUGAUGAUUAGAAUAGGCCGUUCGGUGAUUAUAGAAAUACCAAAGUAGGUCAAGCUUGCAUAUCUUUAAAAUAGCUCUUGAUCACACUUAAAGUGCACUCUUUGGUGUCACUUCUACUUUAAAAUCAAUUUUGAAUUAAUUCUUGCCAUAUUUUUGCUUGCUAUUGCAAAUCUCUUCUUUUGCAUCUGCAUAAAUAAAUGAAAUUGUUACUGGCA